AUGCCAACCCUUGCUUUGAUGGCUGAAAUUGAGGAAAUACCGGCGAGCCUCGUUGGAGCCACUAAUAUGGUAAUAAGAACUGUGAAAGGACGGCUCGUGUGCGCUUCGAAUAAGAUCAGUAUCAAAGAUAACAGAGAGAUCUAUGUGAUUUUGCUCAGGGAUGCAACCGUGAUGGUUGCCAAGAAAAUUCGAACGUUAGGAAAGAACACUUUUAUUGGGAAGGCUGUUUGGAAAAGCCUUUUAAAGACCUUGACAAGGCCCUAUAAGUGGGUAAUGACGUUGAAAGCCGAGCAAUUUCGAAGCAUUAGUUUCAUCCACUGCCGAAGAAAGGCAAAAGCUAAAGAGAAGUCGCCACUACCAUUGGAACGGACACCAUUCUGCUGCUGGAAAGUUCGAGAAGAAAGGGGUGAUGCGGACUGGUUCGUCAAGGUUAACACGGUAGAGAUGGAAUUCUUUGCCACGUGUCUCCUGGAAAUGCUCACCACUAAGAUUAGCAAC